UGAGGAGGAGGAGGGACAGUCUGAGGGAAACACCGACUUUCUGAUGCAUUUCAAAUGCGAGAGCGCACAACUCCCCUCUCUCCCAAACACAGGCACCUCGGUCCUGGACUGUGGACUGUAUCUUGUGAAUGGUAACCCGGAAUGCUGCCGGGAGGAACCAGGACCCCUCUGACAGACGCGCCGGUUUGGUUCCGAUUCUACUGUCAUCUCGGGAAAAAGUGUAAAAGCAAAAAAAUCUUGGAUCAUGUGAAAACCAAGAAAAAAAAAAACCGACCUGAGAGUGGAUUAUCCGGUUCGUUCAGUGGGGCCAGCUGUGCAAUGAACAGAUCCCAGUAGAGGAUGGAGAAAACUCGCCCUGAUUCGGAAUAAAGGCAGAUCCGUUGGAUGUGGUGACAGCUGCUCUCUCGUGCAGAAACGACGCGCAGCAGACGUCGGGAUUCCCUUUGUCCCCACGUGUGGAUGAGCUGUGGAGGAAACACAAGGUAACACAGAAGCCCUUCUCUUCGUAUGUCGAACAUAUUGACAUAUUUUGUAUUUUCGUGCUUCAUUUCACCAAUUAUUAUUUGAUUCUGAGCCCAACAGUGAAAACAGAUGAAUGUGUCUGAGGUUAGGAGGUUUUGGUUGGCUUUGGAAAUAAACCAACAUCAAGUUCAGUAUUUAUGACAGGCUGCAUCAUGAAAUGGGACUAUAUCAAUCUUCAAUUUUUUACACACAUUGGAUUUUGAGAUAAUUUCUAACUCUCAGACAUUGACGUUGAAGUCUUUAAGUGCAUUUAAAGUCAUACAUGUGUCUUUAACAUUGGACAGGUAAUGCAUUCUGUUAUUCUAUUCUGUGUUGGUUUAUGCAUGUAUCUAAUAGGCUCUGGGAAAUGACAGUUCACUUCUCUGUCAGUACAUGUUUCAUUGCUUCAUAGUUACAUUAGGGUUGUAUUUCCUUUUUUCAGAAGUGUCAUGCACAACUAGCCUCCAUACCUUGCAGAGAAUUGCCCAUUAGUCCCAUUCAGAGACAAACUGUCUACCUAGAAGCUGCCUUACAGUCAAACAGUGUUGACCUGACCUUCAUUUUAAAUGCACCAUGUUGUCAUCAUCAUCUGAGCCACACUUUCUUCCAGUUUGAAUCCUGGAACGUUUGAACUAAAUUGUUCAUUUCAUAGAGAAAGAUUGAGUUCUCAUUUUCCCAAAUGUGAUCUGUCAAAACGUCCGCCUGUCACUGAGCUUUGAAACUUGAUUUCCAGUAUUGCAGAGAGCAGCAGCUCUCAGACUGACUGACAGCAACUUCCAGUUCAAUGAAGAUCUUACAGACCGUCAGUCCUGGCCUCUCCUGUCUCUCCUCCUGAGGUGUGCAUGUGAAGCUGCUGUGGUUGGACAGCCAGGGAGAUACCUGAGGAAAGAUGAGGAAGAGCAGGAGUGUUCUCACAGUGUCUCCCAACAAUGACAGCAAAGAGCCUCCAGACUGCUGCCUCAGCGAGUCUUUCACGUCUCCGUCCUGCACGCUAGGUGUCGACCUGCGCCGUGGCAGACGCCGCUUCUCUGGCAACCUGCAACUUCCACCUUUGUCAUGGCGGCAAGGCGAGAGGUCACGGACACCUGAUGACGACAUCAUAGCCAGGCCAACGUCUUUGCCCUUUGGAGCCCCUCCGAGGAUAGACAUCACACCGGUGGAUCCUGAGUGUUUCGAUGUGGAGAAUGGCCCAUCUGCCAGCUGCAGCCCUCUGGACCCCCAGGCCUCCCCCGGCUCUGGUCUGGUCCUCCACACCAACUUCCCGGGUCACAACCAGCGCAGAGAGUCCUUUCUUUACCGCUCGGACAGCGACUAUGACCUGUCCCCAAAGUCCAUGUCAAGAAACUCCUCCAUCGCCUCUGAACUACAUGGAGAUGACCUGAUCGUAACGCCUUUUGCUCAGGUUCUGGCAAGCCUUCGAAGUGUGAGGAAUAACUUCACUGUACUGACCAAUGUCCAGUGUGCCUCCAGCAAGAGGUCGCCUGCAGCAACUCAGCCUCCAAUCACCAGAGUUUGUCUCCCAGAUGAGGCGUACCAGAAGCUGGCCAUGGAGACGAUGGAGGAGCUGGACUGGUGUCUGGACCAGUUGGAGACGAUCCAGACGUACCGCUCCGUCAGUGACAUGGCCUCCAACAAGUUCAAGAGAAUGUUGAAUCGGGAGCUGACGCACCUAUCGGAGAUGAGUCGGUCGGGGAACCAGGUUUCCGAAUUCAUCUCCAACACCUUCCUAGAUAAACAGAAUGAGGUGGAGAUCCCGUCGCCAACGUCAAAGACGCGGGAGAAGAAGAAGCAGCAGAAGCAGCAGCUGAUGACACAAAUCAGCGGGGUGAAAAAGGUCUCCCAUGGGCCCUCGCUCUCCAGCAGCAGCAUCUCGCGCUUUGGCGUCAAGACUGACAAGGAGGAGCUGCUAUCCAAGGAGCUGGAGGACCUCAACAAGUGGGGCCUGAACAUCUUCAUGGUUUCAGAGUUCUCCCAACACCGCCCCCUUACCUGCAUCAUGUACGCCAUCUUCCAGGAGAGAGACCUGUUAAAGACUUUCAAGAUCCCCAUGGAUACAUUUGUGGCCUACAUGAUGACACUGGAAGAUCACUACCAUUCAGAUGUGGCCUACCACAACAGCCUUCAUGCUGCUGACGUAGCCCAAUCCACACACAUCCUCCUCUCCACUCCAGCCCUGGAUGCCGUCUUCACAGAUCUUGAGAUUCUGGCAGCCAUCUUUGCUGCUGCUAUCCACGAUGUUGAUCAUCCUGGAGUAUCGAAUCAAUUCCUAAUCAAUACCAACUCUGAGCUGGCGUUGAUGUACAACGAUGAGUCCGUGCUGGAGAACCAUCACCUGGCUGUAGGAUUCAAGCUGCUGCAAGAGGACAACUGUGACAUCUUCCAGAACCUCACCAAGAAGCAGAGACAGUCGCUGCGCAAGAUGGUCAUCGACAUGGUUUUGGCCACUGACAUGUCCAAACACAUGAGUCUGCUGGCUGAUCUAAAGACGAUGGUGGAGACAAAGAAGGUGACGAGCUCUGGAGUGCUGCUGCUGGACAAUUACACUGACAGGAUACAGGUGCUGCGUAACAUGGUGCACUGUGCUGACCUGAGUAACCCCACUAAGUCCCUGGAGCUGUAUCGUCAGUGGACUGAUCGGAUAAUGGAGGAGUUCUUCCACCAGGGUGACCGAGAGAGGGAGAGGGGGAUGGAGAUCAGCCCAAUGUGUGAUAAACACACGGCCUCAGUGGAGAAGAGCCAGGUGGGUUUCAUCGAUUACAUCGUGCAUCCUCUGUGGGAGACCUGGGCCGAUCUAGUCCACCCAGACGCCCAGGACAUUCUGGACACGCUGGAGGAUAACAGGAACUGGUAUCAGAGCAUGAUCCCCCAGAGUCCCUCCCCGCCCUUCUACGACCAGGGUACGCACGGUGGAGGCACAGGAGGUCAGGGUGGUGGGGAGAAAUUCCAGUUUGAGUUGACCCUGGAGGAGGAGGACUUGGACGGAAUUGAGAAGGACGAAAAUGAGGAUGAGGAAGAGUUAGAAGAGGAGGAAGAGUUAGAGGAGGAGGACAGUUUAGGAGAUUCUCGUUCUCCUCCUCUGGACUUUUUGGACGGUCAAGAGCAGGAGGAGGAUGAGGGGAGCAUGAUGGAGCCAGCAAUAGAGAUCGUGACACAGGAGGCAUCACCCACGGACACAUAGGGCUUCCGUCAUCGCGCUCACUCAGUGAUUUGAAAGUUUUUUGGGAAAAGAGGGGAGAUCCUCUUGCAGCUGUGCUUUCUGAAAAGCCCACAGAAGCAAGGGCUUGGUUUCGUCCCGCGUGGGCGCGUCUUGCACUUGGGUGUUUGAAGCCAGACACAAACGGACAGUUUCAGCGAAGCGGCUUCAGCGUUCUCAGGAAAUAAUUACUGCGAACAUUUUAGCCUUGAUGGACGGGCGAGGCGGAGGGUGGAACUUGAAGGAUUUCGGCCAGUUUAGGAAAAGUUUCCUUUUCUUUUCUGGACUGGCAUUAAACGGACAUCGACACUACUGAGAGAAGUUUUGUACCUUAAGACUUUUUUACAGAUAUGAUCUAGAAGUAGCAUAGAGUAGGAUCUACUGAUGGAGACUCAUUUGUAUAGCAAGAGAAAGUGUUUACUUUUUUCCUGUACCAUUUGUCAAAGGACUUUUGUGUGCCUUUUUUACUAUUGUCUUUAUAAUAGUUUUUUAUUUAUUGAACACUCUAGUAUGUCUGUGAAAUGUUUUUUUUUUCUUAUCUGAAAGAGCAGAACCUUUUUGUAUGUUAAAGAGAACAGUCUUCCAUGUAUUGGGCAAUAGAGAAAUCCAAACAAACGUUGACACAAACUCAUCGUAAUAGGGAAACCUUUACACAAACAUAAGACGCACAUUUGUCUCAUCCAAUCCAAGCACAAUGUUUUCGUUGGAAUUCAGACUCAAGUCUCGGUUCAUGUUACUCGUUUGGUUUGUUGCUGUCAGUCAAUGAAUGUUAAAUUAACUCUGAAAUACAUCUCCUAUUUUCAUACUCCAUCUCUUCAUACAUUGCCUUCUCUGUUUUUCUUUGUAAUGGUCUGCAGACCAUCAGGGCUUCCAACCUUUUUCACACCAAAACUUUAAAUGUAAAACUCUCAGUCGAUACAUGACGGCCUGCAAUCGCACCCAUAUGGUUGGGUAUUUUCUGUGUAAAAUUAACAGAUUUAAAAAAUUUUGUCUUUUUUAUUUUGCAUCCAAAUGUUGUUGCGUUGGUGUGAAAUAGAGGUCAGCCCAGGUCAAGCCUAAACACCCAAUAAAACCAUCAAAACUGCAGCAGCUUUAAAAACAUUCAACAAGCUGCUCAGAUCUAUGAUAGAAUCAGAAAUACUCCAUCAAGGACAAAAUCCACAACAGGGGUGAAUCUAUUUUUAGCUCACAGGUAUGCUGCAGUCUUAAUAAUCCUGUUAUUUGGAAUGGGCUCUGACCCCAAACCUGUCUGAUGUAACACCCCCCUGCCCCUCUGCAAUCAGGCCCAGACCAGAUGAUUAAAGGUGCUGGUACAGCUGCCUGUCUGAAAGGCGCUCUCAGACCCUCAUCAGCGCCACUAUUCACACGGUUUACAAACCCCUCUGGGCUCCACAGACACGACCCCAAAACAAUCAGGCCAGCUAUUUCUACACCACUAUGAAAAAAGAAAAAAAAACCAUCCCUCAAGUGCGGCGUCUGCUUAUUGACGUCAAUUGAUUUUCUCCCCUCCCCCUUCACUGUAUCAGGUUUCCAGGACAGUGGAGUUAUUGGGAUUUGGUGCAGAUGGAUUUGCUGGAUUCAGCAUGGCAGACUGUACCCUUCUGAAAAAAAGAGGAAUAAUUAGGUGCUCUAUUUUUAGAACAAACCAAAAAGAAUCACCGCUGAAGCUUUGGGAGUAUGGUUUGAAAAUGGUUUGCAGACUUUACAUUUCUGCUCCUGUUUAUGGAUGAUGUGAUUGUAUCUAUAAAUCCCAUCUGUCCAUUUUCAUAUCGGUUUACUGAUAAACUCAAAGGUACUCCAUCUAUUUCACUCCAGCAUGCUUAAGUGGAAAUCGUUUGUGUGCCGGAUAUGAAUGAAUGGAAUGUUUUGUAUGUGUGUGUGUGAGUGAGUUUGGAUGUGUUGACUCUGUUAUCAGGCCUUAUCCCCAUCACUUCACACCUUUGUCUCUACUGUUUGUUGCUAGGAGCUCAAGUUGGUCCUUUUUGCUGUUUAUAACAGUGUGUAUUUAUUCUAUACUUUAAGCUUGUAAAUAAGAAAUACUGGUUUAGUGUAAAAUCUAUUUUAAUUUAUAUGCACUUGCAUUACCUGGAAGUGGUGGUGUCCAAUGUGUAGAAGACUCUGGAUUAGAGUCUUUUAUAUAUAUAUGUAUUAUAUAUUGUUUUUAUAUAUAUAAAUAUAUAUAUAAAUAUAUAUAAGUAUAUAUUCGCACAAUGUUUUGGAUGCCCAGCAGAGCAGAAGCUAAUAAGACAUGUUGCUGCUGUCACAUGAGAACCUUGUAACUCUGAAGUUGCCUUUUUUUACACAGAAAUCAUCUUUAAAUGAAAAUUAAAACUCUUAUUGAUCGUUUGUGCAUGAAUAUUAAAUUCAGCCUCACUUUGAAAUUUGAAUUAAAAUCAAGUUUUCUUUCUAAAUGAUAAUUUUAAUUCCUCUUGGUUACAUUUCUGACAGAUUCUGCUUCUUAGGUUUACCCCCCCCCUCCCCUCCACCUUUAUUUGGACUAUUUUUACAUAAGCAACUUUUUUGGGCUACAAUGUUUUCAUCCGACAGCAGCAACUUGGUAACCCAGAGGCGACAUAGAGGACAUGUUAAACUGCGUAGGCUUGGAUAUAGGAUACAAACAAGCUAGCUAAGGAACACAGAAGCUUAGUCAAUGCUUGGUAUCUCAAAGCUUACUCUCUCAGCGGCUAAGCUUCUCCAUCAAGCGUUUGAAUGCAGAUUGCUGAUAUACGAGGCCAGAUGCAGGUUCGACUGACAAACACAAAGCGAUUGUCUUCUUUUACACUUAACGCACUUCAUGUAAAAGUAGAUAACACGGGGACGGUAUUGAUAGCAUGCUACAAUACGCCCGGCACUGACGUGAAUCGUUCUGACUUAACAACAAAACAUGAUCUUAUGUAUCUGAUUGUGCUAAUGUGUGAACUCUUUCUGACCAAACUUGUUAGCAGUUUUGAGAUUCAAAUUUGUCAGUAUUAACAUUGUUUAUCUAUGUUCGAGCUUUUUUGGUCCUAGUUGUGUCCAAAUGGUUAGCCAGAUUUAGCACUAUCUGCAUGAGAGAUGGUUUUUUUAUUGUCAAUAAUAUGUUCCAAGUCCACCAGUUGUUGCAGGUGGAUUAUUCAAUGUUUCACACAAUGUAUGGUAUUAUAUUGUAUAUUGUGUUCAAAAUAAAUCUGAAAUACUUUUUCUAUUAAGUGAUUAAAAGCAAAGCAUGAAUAUA